AAACUGCUGCAUUCAACAUGUUAUGCCACAUAACUCGACCGGACUCGGUGGUCCUGGAGGUGGAAGUGGACCCAAAAGCAAACGGAGAGGACAUUCUCAAUAAGAUAUGCCAGAAAAUGGGAAUAAUAGAGGUGGACUAUUUUGGACUGCAGUUCACCGGCACAAAGGGAGAGUCUUUAUGGAUGAAUCUGAGAAACCGGAUUUGUCAAGAAGUAGACUGUGUGUCUCCCUGCAGACUGAGACUACGGGUCAAGUUCUUUGUUGAGCCACAUCUAAUCCUGCAGGAGCAAACCAGACAUUUGUUUCUGAUGCAUGUGAAGGAGGAGAUUAUCAAAGGAAGUUUGCGAUUGGACGCAGAGCAGGCGAUUGAGCUCUGCGCUCUACUGGCUCAGGCAGAGUUUGGAGAUUACAAGCAAAACACAGCCAAAUACUGCUACUCCCAGAUCUACGGUCAAGACCCCAGCCAUGACACCAUCAACACCAUUUCCUUAAAGCACAAGUCAUUGGAGGGUGUCAGUCAGGCCUCUGCAGAGUAUCAAGCCCUGCAGCUGGUUUCCUCCCUUACCUACUAUGGCGUUGAAUGGCACUUCGCACGUGACUCUGAGGGACAGGAACUGCUCAUCGGUGUUGGACAAGAAGGCCUGUUUGUCUGCAAAAGCGAUUUCACACCUAUUGAAAGACUCAUGUACCCAGUUAUUCAGAUGGCCACUCAGUCUGGAAGGAAUGUGUAUGUGACCAUCACGAAGGACAAUGGGGACAGCGUCGUUCUCCUUUUUAAGUUCGUCAGUCCUAGUGCUGCCAAUGGACUAUACCGCGCUAUCACAGAGAUCCACGCCUUCUACAGGUGUGACACUGUAAUGAGCACAGUGAAGAUGCAGUAUAGCCGUGACUUUAAGGGUCACCUGGCCUCCCUCUUCCUCAACGAAAGCAUUGACCUCGGUAAAAGGUACAUCUUUGACAUUCAGCGCACAUCUAAAGAAGUGUAUGACCGUACCCGACGAGCCCUGUUCAAUGCGGGCGUGAGUGUGAAUGGACGUGGGAUCAGUCGUUCUCCGCUGAGAAAGACUAAAGUGGACCGGGAGGAGCGGAUGUGUGUCGACUGCAGAGAAACUCACGUUCUGAAGGAGAAGCUGCAGAGGCUACAGGAGGCCCUGACCUGCGCUCUGUGCUGCGAACAGGAGAUCAGUGCCGCUUUCUGUCCAUGUGGACACAUGUUCUGCUGCUAUAACUGUGCCAGCCAACUGCAGUGCUGCCCGGUGUGCCGUUCAGAAGUGGAUCGUGUUCAACAUGUCUAUCUACCUACCUGCGCCAGUCUACUAGGCCUGGCAGAGGCAAAAACCACCAACAGUGUGCUCAGAAGGACUGGCAUCUCAGAGGAUUGUGCCAAUAAAGAAAAUGCCCGUCAGAUGUAGAAUGGAUAACAUCUGCUCAUCGCACAUGACCAGACUGUUUUAAAAUGUCAUCAAAUAUUCAGUGAGGCCGGUUAUCUGCAAAUACCUCCAAAAACAAUGACUACUGCUACUUCAUAGUGUUUUUAACAGUAUUAACAGGCGUAAGAGGCGAUCAACACUUUUACACUGGAGUUCACUCAUAGGAGCAAGUAUUAUGCGUGGUACAGCAAUAUUUCAUAUGAUUGUUAACUAUAUGCAAAGGGUUUAUUUUCAGGUUAACACUCCAUAUCAACUGUUUUUUAGGGGUUUAAACGUUUUAUGUGGUUCUGUGUAUGCAGUUUUAUCUUGGAAAUGUUUCAAACAGUCACUUUUGUAAAAUGUACUUGGUGCUACUGCAGUUUUCAAAAAAUUCUAAUUUGAGCACACGAAGGUUCAAGUAACAGAAUUGUAUCCUCUUUUAUAUUGACGUAUUUCACCCAUAUUUUGGAAUGAAAUAAAUAGCGUUUGCACACCA